UCAUCUUUCCUCCGUCCGUUCUAAAACCCUAUAAAAACUCUGUGGAAGAAGAAGAUCGAUCUCACUUUUUCCGGCUUCAUUUUCUAGCUCUUACAAUGGCUUCUAGAUUCAUGAGCAGAUCCUCUGUCUCGUCUUUCAAAUCCGCCAUUAGAUCUUCAUUUCGAAAUUCUCCCAUUGGCACUGGAUCUUCUCCGGCUGCUGCUUCAUCCGCCGGAUUUCGUAUUCCGUCUAAACCAGCUGCUUCUCCUCUUCCCCGAUUCUCCUUCUCCAGGUGUCCGUCGGAGCUUGGUUGUGUUCAGUCUCUGUUACCGCUACACAGCACGGUGGCGGCUGCGCGGUUGACGUCAUGCUUAAGCACAACUUCCAGAAGCAGCCGAGCUCUCACUCAGGGUACUCUCUGCUGCACCUCUCCCGACCUCUAAUUCUCUUUUCUGCUUUCUUUCUUGCACAUAAUUUCACCGUUACCAUGUGGGAUCCUUGCAUCUUUAUCAAGUACGAACCUUUUAUGAAUUCUAGUUAUCCAAAUGAAAUAAUGAAAACAAAUUUGUAGGAAAAAACCCUGGAAGUUAAACCAAAUGUUAGCCUUGUCAGAUUGUCAUUGUGUUUCUUGUUUUUCUUCUUUUUUCUUUCUAUGUAUGGCAGUCUAGCGAAUUUAGUUCAUGAUCCGUGUAUAAGAGUAGUAACAAUACUGUAGUAAUUUGUAAAAGUGCUCUUUGUCCCAGAUGGAAUCGAUGACACGUGAGACGUAUUUGCAGUUGUAUUUAAAGGUGGGCUCUGUCAACAAUGCUUUGGUGAUAAUUUAGAGUUUAGGAAGCUAUUAUAGAUGAGAUAGCUUGACUAGUUUGCUGUUCAUCUGAUUCACUUGACAUUGUUCAAAGAUUCUUACCAUGAAGUCAAUAUUCCCAAAGCAUCCGUCUUUCUUCUUACUUUGUAAAGAUCAGUUUUCUGUGUCUGUCCUAAUCUUUAUUUCUCUUGCUGUUUACUAAUAUAGAGAUGGGACUUUCAGUCCCAAGGUGACAAGAUACAUUCAUGAAGAGUAUUACUAUUGAGGGAUGCAAGUUUCUUCUCUAAACUUAGAGACAAGAAUUUGUUUUUUGUGUUAUGACUCCAAACUUAUGUUCUUUGAUUCAUGAAGGGAAAAAAUGUAAUACUAUUUCUUCUUUUUACACGAUUCAUCUCUCAGAUUCUAGCCUCAUGAUUGAUUUCAUGACUAGUUUGACAUUGCGUUAACAUAACCAACAACUCAAAAUUUAAUAGCUACUACAUUUUGUUCUUGAAU